AUGCCUGCGCCGCUGCUCUCCGCCGCAGAGUACGAGGCCAUGCCUGAUGCCGUCCGGCGCAAAUAUUUCUCGUCUCUGGAGCGUUUAAGAAUGGAGCACGCCGCGCACCCUGUUCCGGACGUCAACUCCAUGCCCCGGCGUCCUCAGACCGCCCGUUCAUCCCGCCGUAGCGCCAGCCAGUCCAGGUCGGAAAGCCGCGGCCGCCGCCGGCUGAGGAAAGCGCAAACUGCCAACGACAUCACCGAAGCCGAGGCCCAAUGGUUUCUUUCCCUUCCGGAUAAGAUCAUCAAGUCCUGUUUGAGCCGCGAGGAGGCAAUUCUGCUGGCCGGACGUUGCGAGACCUUCCUGCUGGACUCAGACAGCGCAUCAGACCUUCCCAAGGAUCACGAGGCCACCCCGCUUCCCAUUGAAAAGAGGAGAUCCAGGUCGUUCCAGGGAGACUCCGUAAUCGACGCCUACGCCUCUUCGCAGGAAAUCCAGGAACCGCCGGAAGACAUGCCGUACCACCAGACACAGUCCCGCCCUAAUACCGGCCACAGGCGAGCCUCUUUCCGCAGGACCAUGUCCAUCUCUAAUACCAUUGGAAGGCUGUCCACGUCUUCUGCCCCCCCUCUCCCUUCUCCUCUGUUUGGUCCUACCCCGCAGACCAACCAGCGGCCAAGAGCCGUCACUAACGACGUGGCAUUCCGUUACGGUGGGGAAGUCGAGUCGGAGACCAAGUACUACCAGGAUCCAGAAGCCCGCAUGAAGCUCCGUCUCUAUCUCGCCUCGCCCCACAAGUUCGAUGAGGUGGUGGAGUACGGAUUCCCGUCGGACAAGCAGCAGUCCAGUCCCGAGGGCUCUCCCGAGGGCUCGCCCGAGCCGUCGUCGCGCAGCAUCCUCUUCGAGCGCCAAGCCAGCCGUGACCUUCACACAUUCCUCCGGGAUGACUCUGUUUCGUUUUUGGACUACAGCGACAUCGGCGACGAGUCGGACAGGGAGAGCAGUCUGGCGGAUCUCGACACUCCGGUCACGCCCGCUGAUCCCGAUGAGAGCUUCCGCACGGUGGCGCAGAUCCCCAAAUCCAACUACUCGUCACUGGAUUCGAAUGGCUUGCCAACCCUCCAAACCAGGGCCAAGAGGUCCCCGGACGUGUAUCCACAGCCAUUCCCGAGCAACCGAGAAAUGACCCUCCGCAUGACGCUCACGCGGCCGGAUCUGCGUGCCGACGAAGGGAUGCUGUACGGUUGGCAGCAGCACCAAGCGUCCAGGGAGGCGGAUCCUUUGGCGCUCCAAGAGCUCCCGCCGGAGAGCGACGAUACUACGGGCAUGCAUGGACCCUUUGCCGUCCAGAUGAACAACAGACAGGGCAACCUGGUGAGGAAGUUCCUCCAGAAAGUCAAAAAGGGCAAGCAGUAG